UUUCAGGUAGAUUUUCUGGGUUUUUGAUGUCUGUGAUCAUUUGGGUGUCUGAUCAGUUCAAUCCCAAUUGGGGUUUUGGUUUCUUGUGCUUUGACUUUGUUGCAGUGACGAAUUGGGUUGGGUUUUUGGUUUAAUCUCUCUUUGGUGUCUCUGCGUUUUUUUUCAUUUCUUGGAUCGGAUUAUUAGUUUGUGUUUUGCUUUAAUCUGAAUGGGUUUUAAGUUUCACGGUAUUGAGGCAUUUGGUUCCAAUUUGAUGCUAUAGUUUGUUGGUUUCAUCUCAAUUGUUGGUAAAUGGGAUCGGAAGGGCCUCCUGCAGUAACAAUCCAUGUGACAGGUUUUAAGAAAUUCCAUGGAGUUUCAGACAAUCCGACAGAGACAAUUGUCAGUAAUUUGCAAGAGUAUAUGAAGAAAAACGGUUUGCCAAAAGGCCUGAUUCUUGGGAGCUGCAACAUUCUUGAGACUGCAGGGCAGGGUGCGCUUGUCCCCCUAUACCAGACAUUGCAAUCCGCUAUAAGUGGGAAGGAUUCAGAAUCUUCAAAUUCCAAGAGAAUUAUUUGGGUGCAUUUUGGAGUUAACAGUGGUGCAACAAGGUUUGCUAUUGAGCAUCAAGCUGUCAAUGAAGCUACUUUUCGUUGUCCCGAUGAGAUGGGAUGGAAGCCUCAGAAAGUCCCCAUUAUUCCUGCAGAUGGUGGAAUUUCACGAACACGAGAGACUUCUCUUCCUGUUGAGGAGAUCACCAAGACCUUGACAAAGAUGGGUUACGAGGUGAUGCCAUCUGAUGAUGCAGGCCGAUUUGUAUGCAAUUAUGUAUACUAUCAUUCCCUUCGGUUUGCAGAGCAGAAUGGUAUUCAAUCGCUCUUUGUACAUGUGCCCCUCUUCUUGACUAUAGAUGAGGAAACCCAAAUGCAGUUUGCAGCUUCCUUGUUGGAGGUACUUGCUUCUUUGAAUUAGUGCUCUCCUCAUGUUGGGAGCUUUUAUGAAUGUAUUGUUAUUUGCACAAGUAUGUGAUGGUGAAUGGAUGUGUGGUUAUAUAAAUGGCAUUAAUAAACAGAUAAGAGUAUGUGAAUGACAAUUGCAUUUGUCAUACAUCUGAUGUACUUUCAGUGAUGUGAUUCAGAAGCUUUAGACCUUUCCUUGGAAUUUAAUUUCAAGCACUCUUUCAUGUUAAUUUGUGAAUAAAGUCAUGGUUUGAUUCCA